AGUUCGGUGUCGAGUCCGCGCUCCCGGCCGGCGAUCGUGCAUGUCGUCGUCGCGACGUCGCGCAUUAUCUUUUUAUCUCCCGAGCUACCGAGGGAUAAUGGUCUCUCUCUCUCCCUCUAUCUCUCUCCUUCGCGACAAGUCACGACAGUUUUAAUUUAACCGACGGAAUGACAAUCCCCCCGAAACGUCAUCGGAACGUCGAAUACUCCGAGUUCGAAGGGAUGGGUGGAGAUUAGCAAAGUAACGAAUAAAAACGGUAUAUACGAUUAAAAAGUGAUACGAGUGGUGGACGGGGUUGCCAGCUCCAGGGAAUAUAGAUCUUUCAGCCGAAGUCACGCACGCUCAUAUACGCAGAAGGGAUUAAUCGGCGUGAUGUCAACGCCGUGCGACGUUCGCCGUAGUGCGCGAAGCCGUGAUCCAGCGAUCCGAUCCAGCGACAUCGUGCCGCGACACAGUGCCGGUGAAUGAGGACGCGCGAGGAACGCACACGGGAAAGGCCGACGACGGCCUUGAGGCAGGCUCGAACCGGAAAAUAUGGUGCACGAGGGCACGGGUCUAUGGCACGCGGCGGGAUUCAACGCAUCGAAGUGGCUGAUGAUCAUAAUACAUGGAUACCGGGUCACCACCCUCGUCCUGUACAUCCUGCUCAACGUGCUGGUGCGCACCGAAUAUCCAGCAGCAGUGACGGCGGAAAUAGUCGAUGUUAACAUGAACUCGUUGGACGGCACGACAGGAAAGCCAUUAGAUGUCGAUCUGCCACCAACUCUGCCGAUGACCUUCGGCACGGAAAAUUCAACAUCGGUUUCGGCGCAAUCAGGAUCCACAGCUCUGAUGCCCUGUGUUGUCCACAAUCUAGGAGAGGGCACGGUAUCGUGGAUUAAGCGGAAGAAUGCAGUGUUACACGAGCUACUGACCGUAGGACUGACGACAUACGCCAACGACGAACGCUUUCAGGCAAUUCAUUUCCACCACAGCGAGGAUUGGACGCUUCAAAUAAAAUACGUCCAGCCGAGGGAUGCCGGACUGUACGAGUGCCAAGUGUCCACUCAUCCGCCCACGAGUAUAUUUCUGCUUCUUGAAGUCGUCGAAGCCAGAGCGGAGAUAGCCGGUCCGGCGGAGAAAUUCGUGAGGCCCGGGAGCACGCUGCAGCUACACUGUCUGGUGAAGAAGUCCACGGAAGUGCCGUCGUACCUCUUCUGGUAUCACAACUUCCGUAUGAUCAAUUACGACGUUGAUCAGGGCGUCAACGUUAGCACCGACCUUGUCAGCCGGGAGAGCUGGCUGGAGGUGCCGCGGGCGUCGGACCGCCACUCCGGUAAUUACACCUGCGAGGCCAGCAACGCCCAGCCGGCGCGCGUUCUGGUGCACGUCUUCAAGGGCGACAAUCCGGCCGCGAUGCAGCACAGCAUGGCGUCCUCGCCGUCGGUGAUGGCCUGCACCGCGUUGCUCACCAUGUUCGUCACGCUUAAGCUGGCCCUGCAGACGAACUGGACCUUGUGACGUGCGUAAGUGCAGACCAUGCGAGACCUGCGAAAACCCAAGGUGUGUGGUAGCAAAAUUGUGUAAUAUUGUCUAUUUAUCGUGUCGCGUGAUCUAUGUCCGUGGCGAGGACGUGCCGUGCCCUAGUUUCGGCUGCCAAAGUUAGUAGAACCGGCGGUAUACGGUUAUGGUGGUGGUCCAGUUAAAGAUUCAUCGUUGUUAUCGGAAUGGUGUGGCACCGGAAACUCUUGGAGCUGCAAGUCUUGGCUGUGAUUGAUUACUACCCCUAUUCGAACGAUCAACCUUACUCUCGCUGCCGGGCAAAGUAGCAGUCGUAGGACCAGCUGUGAUUAUUUGUGUCAUCGAGAAGGCGAAUCCAUUUAAUCCAUUAUAUGCACGUCUAAUCAUGGUUCAACGAGGAGCAGCAACGUAAUACGCUAAUGCAAAGCAGCAUAAUUGUCAUCAUCAUUGCGAGAUUAGUAGUGAUCGAUCAUUGUGUGCUCGAUGGUCUGUGUACCGACGAAGAUUUCUGAGGCAGGAAACAGCCGUGUCUAAUGGGGAUCGAUAUAAUAAAAGUAUAUAGCAGUAGCUCAUCAUGUUCGCGCAUGUAUUUGAACGGUCGUCCGUCGGGCGAAAAAAAAGAGUUGAGUGCUAGCCUGGAAUAAAGUGCCCGCCAUAAUUUCCAUAUGAGUUACACUAUAUCAUUCAUUCUUCUGUCGAUCGAUCGCUUACAUUCCGUGUCACAUGGACGAGAAAUAUUAGGUCGUAUAAUGCAGAGGCGGACGGGCAUCGAGAGUGCUCGGAUUAACUUUCGCGAAGAUCAUAUUCACGAUCGAUCGUCUAUGACUCGCGUGCGCUCGCGAGUAGAAAGGGCCGACUCUUCAAUCCGACUAAUCCAACGAAGAGUUCGACGUAUCAUUUCGAUAAGCCGGAACUUCCAAGUGCGCGCGUAAGCGUGAGUGUACAUACAUACGUACAUACAUAAAUGUGAACGUUGUAGAGAGACACUGUACGAGAUUUAUUUACUCGCUCGUACUCCAUCGGGUGAUACAUAUGUAAUUAAGCGUUAAGUUUAAAUCAGGAAAAUCAGGUGCGCGCGACAGACGCGCUCCACCGUGCGUUCGUUCCACUUGCGCGCGCGACGCGCGUGAAGAUAACCCAGUGAACACAAUGUCUCAAAGACGCUAUACCUACGUUCCGAUUUAAGACAUGCGUGUUGUCUGGGAAGAUCGAUAGCGCGGAUCGAAACUGUUCGCGAUGCAUGACCGUCAAUGGUUGCGUCUCGACGGCCACGGCGCAUUAGAGCGACGACGAUGGUGCAUUCGUCGCCACGAUGGGGGCAUCGUUAAUCGCGCGGUACCGCGCCGCUUAUACUUCGUUCGUUUUACGAGGGUGUCGUAAAUACGUUGCGGAAGAAAUAUGGCUCCGCGAAGUUGCGAAAGUAAACGUCUUUUCUCACGGGCGGCCUAAGAUACUUUAGUGGCGGGUUAACGAGACGGUUAACGAAAGUCUGGGUGCAAUAUUACCUUCCUUCGGAAGCGCCGAGGCAACACUUUGAUGGGUGGUAAAUGGACACACACGAGUGAAAAUAACGUUGAGACUAAACAAACUGAACUUGCUAUACUAUGUGUUCUGUUAGAGGGAUAUUCGCGCGAGUCGUGAGCGUCGAAAGUAAUAAGUGAUUAUUACGUUCCAGGAUACGAAAUUAUCGUGCCAACAUUCUUUUAUGAUUAAAAGCUCGCCGAGAGCCAGGAUACUAAAGGAUAUUAAACUGCUCGCAUCAACAGGCAAAGAGUGUGUUUGUGUUUGCAAAGAAGUUAAGCUCAUUAAAUAAAAAUGCACCACAUUAUGUCACACUUGAUAUUUUUGAAAUAUUUUUGAAACAAUUUGCUCGUCAUCCGUCAUAAAUUUAAAUAUUUCAUAAUUUAUUGUUUAAAAGAUUAUUAUUUAAAAAAAGACUGAAAGUACGAAAGUAGAUUUACAUGCAAGAGCAAUCACAAAAUUCGAUGAAUUCGCGUCUUUCGAACAUCCGAUAACGAUGCGAUCAGUUUAAGUAACAUUAUACGUAAUUAACGAUAAUAAGCUCACCGCAACUGCGCAUAUCGCUUAUUUUACCUACGACUACCUAAUUAGAUGCGACAUGCGUUGAGUAUGCAUCUUAUACUGUCUCGCUCGAUGCUCGAGAAAGAAUAACGAGGCUUCUUUGUUCGAGUACACAGGAAAUUUCUCGAUCAAAUUGACGAGGAAUUCAUAUGUACUAUACCCGACCUAUUUAACGUAAAUGCGGAUGCUAUGAAGCGGAAGAGAGUGCGGUGCAUGCGCUUUCUCGAUAACGAAACGGUAAUUAUUUAAUCCUUUGACUGUAUAAGUAUGGACUGCCAGUAGGCUGCAUAUCCUAUAGCAAAAUUAAGCUAGAAAUAUUCCUAAGUAACGGUUUUUGGGCAAUCACAAUCCGCGCGAAAAUCAAAUCAUCAUAUUUUUACCAAAUUCUGUUUAUUAAACUAUAUAAGUUAUAUAUGUAUAUAAUAAAUAUUAAUAAUAUUAUUGUAUAAACACAGCUUAUCCAUUUUUGUUAUUGUUUAUUAUAUAUGUAAAUAAUUUAAUUUUGAGGUUAAUUCCUCACAUCAACAUACCUAAAAAGGCUUAGAGGUUCACUCCUCGGCAGGUUUUAUUUAUUUAGCGCGUGUUAUUACAACCUUAUAUAUAAUAAAUAACUGAGCAUAAUUUAAUUUUUUAAAUAAUUAACGCAAGUUGGUUGGUUAGUUUUGUUGUCCGCCUCUCUCUUACCAAUAUGAAAACACUAUACUUAAUUUUUAGUUGUCGGUUAGCGAGGUCGCUACUUUUUGACAACCAAUACUAAUAUAUAGUCCAUACUUAUAUAUAGUCAAAGAUUUAAUCGGUCUACGAGUAGCAUAAUUAACGACGAUAUAUCUCGGAUCACUGCACCGCCACUUCGCCGGCAUAAUUUUCCAUGAUGCGACCUUGCGCGAACCUGAAGCUGCUAACCUUGCACGCGUGCACCCGCCGAUCGAAAGUGCAAGCGCUGACUGCCGAUAACCCUUUCAUACGCUCGCGCGUUCGCGUGCGAAAUACUGACACUGACAAAUUACGGAGUUUAGAACUUGUUAAUCUUGAUUAUCACUCUCGUCACACACACACCGCCAUCGCCGAUGCGCGCGAUGAAAAAUUGUAUGGGCGCACGGCCGCGCGUAUGGACGAGCGGAGCGAGGCCGAAACAAAGUUGCGAAGUAUACCUAUAUUGCGUGUUUUCGAAAGUUCGCUCUAAAGCUGACGGUAAACUGCGGACUGCUGGAAUCACCGGAUUUAAUGCGCAGCAUCCACCCGGAAGUUGGCGCAACGCGGUAUGAACUUGAGCCGACUCCACCGCUGAAGGGAAAGAAUUAAUUAACUGACUUUACUAAACUAAACUUUUCACUCUUGGCGUUACUCUUGGUGUUUUCGGGGGAUACGUUUAUUGUCAAGAACGUAAUAGAUAGCAAGUAAGUUUUGGAUUCCUUGUAUGUUUGACUUUGGUAUUGGUAUAUCAGCGGCCAUUUUAUAUUUCAGAAAAUAACGCGGAAAUAAUUGAGGUGCCAUUCUUUUUAUUGCAAACUGCAGUUUAAAUAUCUUUAAGGUAAAAUAUUGUAAUAUUAGUGAAAAAUUCAGAUCUAACGUAAAAUCUCACAAAGCUGCAGUAAUUUAAAAGAUCAAUAAGUAUACGUGUAAAUAACAUAAUAUAACAAAUCAUUUUUAUUGUUAGAAGAUUAUAAAAUUUAUUAUACAAGUUCUAUUUUAAUCGCUAAAUUGAACGUAAGCGUAAAACGUAAUCAUUAACGUCGAUCUGUCCAAAAUUUUUGGAGUGCGUGCGUCACAGGCGCGUGUGUGCGAAUGAUUUUCAAUAGUACCCGUAAUUCUCCCCGCUUCGGUCGGACUUCAGCAAAUUCCAGCCGCCAGUCGAAUGUAAGCGACUCUCGCUGAGAAUAAUCUUGUAUAUUCGGUCUACGUAACCAGCACACAUAAUUAAUCGCGAUAAUCCUGGCGUGAUGCAGCGCAGCCUAACGAUAUUAUCCCCCGUCGCUGCGCCGCUGACCUUGUUUAUAACGUCGAAAUUAGUUAUACCCAACAUUCACGAGAGAUCGUGUUCCACGGCUACAAGUUGCGAGGAACAUUUCCCCAGCGGAUUUCCCAAGCGCAUCGUCGCGCAUGCAACGCGCGCGCGCUCUGUUCGCAUUUAACCUUGGGGCGAUGCGUUGGGAAUAGGAACAGGUAGUGGAAAGAUUUUCAUAUUAAUAAAUGCCAUCGAGAGGAAAAAGGGGGGGGGGGAAACCGCGCGACUUUCCGGUUGAGAUUUUUGUCCGGUUGCGGUAUCCAGUUCUACGGAGCACGAUGCUCCGGUUGUUGCGAUUUCCACGAAACUCCCAUCAUUUUUCCUUCCUCUGCCCCGGCGCUUUUUUCCUUCCGCUGUUUUUUUUCGUUCCCACGUUUCCUUUUUUUUUUGCAAUUUUUACUGGUGAAAUAUCGUGGAAAAUAUGUCGCGUUGGAUUUAUUCGCUGUCGAAGCAGCGAGCUGAUGCGAUCAUGCCCCGUUGUCCGUUUUUGAUGAUUGCUACUAUUUUUGCGUUUUGCCGCGAGAAACACGAAAUUCGCACUGGAUCGCUUCUAUCUACCAGACUUGUCUCGCGAAAUAAAAGUGGCGGUCGUGCCGCUGUCCGCUUGUGAUGAUUGUUACUUUUUCGACGUUUUGCUGAGAAAAACAAAAUUCGCGUUAUAUCGUUUCGAUCUAGCGGACCGCGCGCGCGCGAGUGUCACUAUAUAGAUAAAAAAAGAACUAACGGUUCGUUUUUCACUUUUAAAAACUUAAUGUCCUUUCCGAACGAUUGGCUCAAUUAGACGAGUGAUCAAAUAUACCGUGCCUAAUUGUGAAAGAAAAAUUUAUGAUGGGAUUAAAUUUUUCUACCCAUCAACGAGCGAAAAAAAUGGAAAUAGACGGCGUAUCUGGCAGCGUAGUCAGUGGUGCUGCGGGUUUAAAUACUUGUUUCAUUUACUCCUGUCCUCCAUUAAUUCAUUAUCCAGCAAUAGGCGUCCCCCAGUGGCCAUGUAUCGCGCGCAUUUUCGAUGGAAAUAAUCCCUCGUAUUGCGAAUGGCACUCAACGAACGCAUCAUUCAGCCGCCGUUGAAUGAAGAGAUCUCGCUAAUGUGUGAAAAUCCGUUCGGCGGGCUACUCUUCCUUAUACUAAGGAAACACGUUUUAACGACUGACUGCUUCGAAAAGGAAUCCGAUCGCUCGACGUGUGCGAUUUCAAGUAACUUUAACGGUAAUAUCUCUGUAACUACAUCGUCUGGAGUAUUGUUUAAUCACUAAGCGUAUAAUAAAUGGUUUAAACAAUCA